ACAGACAGACAGACAGACAGACAGACAGACAGACAGAAAAAGACUUAGAUGGCCUCAUUUUUGGGGAACUGUGAGAGGUUUUCUGCAAACAUAUAAUUUCACAUUGGGCCAGAAAAGAGAGAUAAAGAAAGGGGUGGACGACACACAUCAUGGACUGUGACUCUCUCUCUCUCUCUCCCUCCCUCUUGCUUUCUCCCUCCUGGGAUCAUGGCCCCGUCUAUAUAAAGGAGAGCCGGUGCCACAGUUGACUUUGCUGAGUCAGGCUGGCUUGAAGAGACUUCCAGUAAAACCCUGCGACUAAACUAAAGAAACCUGAAGACUGAAACCUGAGUGAAACCUGACUUGCUGCUGGAGGCUGAAGAUUGAAGUGCAGAGAGAAGCUGACAGAGCUUGAGUCGAGUCCUCCAGAAAAGUGUUGCAGAUCAGUGGCGAACCUCGCUGGUUGAGAUCAUACUUACUCAAGGCUGUAGAGAUGCAGGAAACAGGCUUCUUCACCCAAAGGAGAGCAGCAGUAGCGCUGUGCUUUGUGCUGCUUGUGCUGGCUCAGCAGGUGUGUGCAGGUCCACUAGUGGCGCAGGUCCAGUCCAGCCCAGACCAGAGGGGAGCCUCAAACGGGGUCCGCACACUGAGGAGGAUAGCUCGGAUGACCCCGCUGUGGAGGAUCAUGAACAGUAAACCGUUUGGAGCUUACUGCCAGAACAACUACGAAUGCUCCACAGGAAUCUGCAGGGCGGGACACUGCUCCGCCAGCCACCGCGGCCCCUCAGAGACCGUGAACUACUAGACGUCCCCGGACUCAACCAGCGUGUUUACAUCAUUGUACAGCCGUAAUCCUUCUCAGAACUGGAGAUAUGCACUCAUCCAGGCUUUUUUUUUCUUUUUUUAAUAUUUAUAUGUUCCAAUACGUUUCUGAUAAUAUCUAAAUGUUUAUACUCAUUUAAGCAGCAUGUCGAAGGGGAAUCACUGCUACACUUCUUCAUCAUUUAGUCUUUUAUACUCAGUGGUUUUUAAAAAAGGGUGAAAACCACUUAAAAAUAUGUGUUUUGUACUGUUUUAUGGACCAAAAUCUUUCAGCCCUGAACUCAAAGCAACUGCGACGAUUCACAAUAAGAACAUGUUGCUAUGCCUGCCAGUUACAGCCUCCGCAAGUCUGAUGUCCUCAUAGCUUGAUAACUGGUGAAGCCAGGCCUUGAAACAAUGUUUUAAAAAUGAUUAACACGCUUUAAAAAUAGAGCUGCGCAACUGUUGAGGCAUGUAAUUAUUUUUUUUUGGUAACUUUGCCACUCUUAAUAGACGGAGCGAGGCAGCAGCAUGAGCCUUCAAAAAAAAAAAAAAAGCUCCUGACCUUUAAAUAUUUCACCGCCUCGCAUCGUGUUUGAUAAGUUAUCACUUGAAUGUGUCUUCAGAGAGUCCAAUCAUUCCACUGAUAAUGUGCGACAUGGAGACACGCGCUGCCCCUUUAAGGCCCCGAAAAGAGGGUUUAGGUUUAGUUAUUAAUUCAUUAUUAAUAGCAAAAUGUUUAUCCUAAACCCAAGAACUGGAUAAAAUGACACAUAUUUAACAGCUGAAGGAGUAAACAACCGGAUCCAGAGCCACAUGCAGCUCUUUAGCCCCUCCUAUACUUAUAUGGAAAUUAAUAACAGCUCUUUUUUUUUUUACAUUUUCAGUUUCAUUUAUCGUUGCUGUAGGACGAAAGUGAUUCUUGCAUUCUCCAACUAUGAAAAAUGUGCAGCCAUUACACACAAAAAUUAACAUUUCGUCUAUUAAAAUCCUCCAUUAGCAGGCGCCAUUUCCUCUAUAUUUCGCCGAACCUCAAUAGCGUUGGCUAUUAGCCUUGAAUCACCUAAACUAGGCUAGCUAUGGAUUCUCAAUCUACAAUAAGAAAAGGCGUGGACACAUUUGCUAAGCUUAUUCUACGGCGAAAAUAUUUGCAUGAUAAGGCUCAAAUAUGUUCUUUUUUUGGCCAAAAAUUGCUCUUUUGCUUAAAGAUUGCUGAUCCCUGAGCUACAUUAUAACUUAUAUAUCAAAAUGUAUUGAUAACCAGCAGGAAUAGAGCAGCAGUACCACAAAUUAGGCGUCGAUCAGUCAUAGCUGAACCUUUUAAAACCACUUUCAGUCUGCGACUCGACAAUGGAGUCGAUCCAAACGCACCGCACAGUGUCGACUUCCAGAUUUGUCGGUGAUUGUCGAGUCGUUGGUAUCAAACCAGCCUUAGACACCCCCCCAAACAACAUGCUUGAUUUCCCCUCAACAAAGCACCCAAACAAUCAUGUAAACUGUACGAUCAGCCGCCUCCGACUCACCGACUCCGAGUCAAACUCAAAUGGAGUAAAAAGGGGAAAGAGAAGGAGCAGAGGUUACAAAAUACUGACGCGAUACUCGAGCAUCCUCAAGUGUUUUUAUUUUGGUUUUUAUUCUUCUCUGAAAAGUUGCAUGAGCUUCAAAUUCAUCACAUUAUUCACGAUAUAUAGCGACGCAUGCAUACUGAUUUUAUUUAUUUUAUCCUUUGUUUGAAAUAAUGUACCAAUUUCCAACUUCAUUUUUAACUAUAUAUAUAUAUGUAUUUGUUCAGGAUAUUUUUAAAUGGUUUGUUUUAGAAUAAUCAAUCAUUCUGACUGGACUGAACUUUUAUCCAUUCACUUGCUCAAUCUUAAUUAACAAAUAUCCUUUUUUUUUUUUUUUUUGCACAUCCAUCUCCUCAAAUUGAUACUCGCCUGCAUCGUUUACUUCAUGCACAGAAGAGCAGGCGGUUGCUGAUAUUUUCGUACACUCAGCAUGUUUGAGAAAUGUUUGAGCAGGAUUGCACUUUUUUUAAAACCCAAAUUAUCUUUGUACUGUGUUCUGUCUACUGUAUGUAAGGUGUUACCUACAUGUAGAAGGCUGGAGGGGAGGAAAAAGUGGAAUAAAUCUUUGGGGAAAAGUCGAAA